GUCAAACAAACAGCUGAUUGCAGUUAUGGAAUUUCAAGAGUUUAUAAUAAAAUAAAUUUAAAUUAAUAAUGGUCAGGAUUAUAAAUAAAGCUAUAGUUCUUAAGAACUUAUUUCCUUUAAACCGUAGAUUAUACCCAAGUCUAUUUUCGGUGCGUUAUAAGAGUUCUGAGAAGGAUGACCAGGGCGUAGAAGUGAAGAGGAUUAGGAAUUUUAGUAUAGUAGCUCAUGUAGACCAUGGGAAGAGUACUUUGGCUGAUCGACUGCUGGAGAUAACUGGGGUGAUAAAGCCGGGCGCAGAGCACGCUCAGGUGCUGGACCAACUACAGGUAGAGAGAGAAAGAGGCAUUACUGUAAAAGCUGUGACAGCAUCACUGGAUUACACAUACAAGAAUGAAAAGUAUCUCCUGAACCUGAUAGACACUCCAGGACAUGUUGACUUUUCCAAUGAGGUUGUGAGGAGUGUGUCAGCAUGUCAGGGAGUGAUACUACUAGUUGAUGCAAAUGAGGGUGUUCAAGCACAGACAGUAGCUGUGCAUAGUCUAGCCAAAAAGAACAACUUAGUCAUGAUACCCACAUUGAACAAAGUAGAUCUCCCUAGGGCAGACCCAGAAAAAGUCAAAUCACAAUUGAAGUCACUCUUUAAAAUUGAUCCAGAAACGGUUAUGAGUAUUUCUGCCAAAAAAGGGUGGGGAGUGAAAGAGCUCUUAGAAGCAGUGAUAGAAAGAAUACCUCCGCCAUCUGUCAAAUCUGAAGGCCACUUUACUGCACACAUAAUUGACACAUGGCAUGAUAAAUAUAGAGGUGUACUUUGCUUGGCUUACAUACAUUCUGGAAAAGUUCAAGUGGGGCAACCGGUGAGAUGGAGAUCUGAUACAAAACAACACCAAGUGAAGUACCUGGCUAUGUUGAGGCCGAGUGAGCAGCCCAUGGAGUCUGCUGUUGCAGGCCAAGUUGUGAUGGUGGGCUGCGGCCCCAAAGGCGGCGGGAGUGUAGGCGACCAGCUCCUAUCAGUCGACGUACAAAACACAUCAGAGCUCGCAGCGAUACCGCCGGUUAAACACAUGGUGUACGCAGGAAUUUUCCCGGCCGACCAAUCGCAGCAUCCUCUGCUCAGCGAUGCCAUCAGGAAACUGGCUCUUAAUGACUCGGCCGUCAGCGUUAAAGCUGAUUCCAGUCCCGCGCUAGGGCAAGGAUGGCGCGUGGGUUUCCUGGGCCUGUUGCAUCUAGACGUGUUCACCCAAAGACUGCUGCAGGAAUACAAAGCAGAAGCCAUCUUGACAGCGCCAUCUGUCCCCUACAAGAUAAAAGUAAAAGGCGCUAAAAUUAUCAAGCAUUAUAAGGGCGAUGAAGUUAUUAUUACUAAUCCCCUGAUGUUACCAGAACCUCAUCAUAUAGAAGAAUAUUACGAGCCGUUAGUUAUAGGUACUAUAAUAACUCCCGUGGAAUACAUCGGCUCCGUGACGACGCUCUGCAUAGACCGCCGCGGCACGCCGCUGCCGUCCAACGCGGUCGACGACAGGAUGACCUUGCUGCAAUUCAUACUGCCCCUGUCCGAGGUGGUCAUAGACUUCCACGACACGCUCAAAAGCAUCACGUCCGGGUUCGCGAGCUUCGAUUACCAGGACCAUGGGUUCCAUGAGAGCUCGCUUGCAAGGAUGGAUAUCCUUAUCAAUGGGGUCUUAGUCGACGAACUUUCAAGUAUAGUGCACACCAGCCGUCUCGAAUACACUGCCAGGAGACUCACGGAGAAACUUAAGGAAAUGAUUCCGCGGCAAAUGGUGCAGGUUGCCAUUCAAGCCGUAGUGGGAGGCAAAGUGUUCGCAAGAGAAACAUUAAAAGCUUACAGAAAGGAUGUCACAGCAAAAUUAUAUGGAGGCGACGUAACUCGCAGGAAAAAAUUGCUAAAACAACAAGCUGAGGGAAAGAAGAAAAUGAGAAGUGUCGCCAACAUUAAAAUACCAAGAAACACCUUCAUUGACGUCCUCAAGAGAUGAUCGGCUUCCAUAAUUGAGUCUGUAAAUAUUUCGGUUUUUAGUUAUUCAGCCCAAAUUCAUCAAGUAGUCCGCACACAGAACGAGCCGCCUCGCGAGGAAAUUG